CCCGGUACCGCAUUGCUGUGUUGCAGGGGUGACUGCAUUGCGCUGGGGCCGUCAAUAGGUGGACCCCUCCCGGAGAAAUAAAACAGCCUGUGUGGGUACCGGCAGCCCCUGCUGUCUGAGAACCCAGCUACCAGAUCUCUACCCCCAAAGACUGCAGAAUGGGGAAGGAGAAGAUACACAUCAAUAUUGUCGUCAUCGGACAUGUCGACUCUGGAAAGUCCACCACCACCGGGCACCUCAUCUACAAAUGUGGUGGUAUCGACAAGAGGACAAUAGAGAAAUUUGAGAAGGAGGCAGCCGAGAUGGGGAAGGGAUCCUUUAAGUACGCGUGGGUUCUGGAUAAGUUAAAGGCAGAGCGGGAGAGAGGAAUCACAAUCGAUAUCUCUUUGUGGAAGUUUGAGACGACCAAAUAUUACAUCACAAUCAUCGACGCCCCAGGACAUCGCGACUUCAUUAAGAACAUGAUCACGGGGACCUCACAGGCAGACUGUGCGGUGUUGAUUGUGGCUGCCGGGGUGGGUGAAUUUGAAGCCGGUAUCUCGAAGAAUGGGCAGACUCGUGAGCACGCCCUACUGGCCUACACCUUGGGAGUAAAACAGCUGAUAGUGGGCAUCAAUAAAAUGGACUCCACCGAGCCGCCGUACAGCGAGAAACGCUACGAUGAAAUUGUGAAAGAAGUUAGCGCCUACAUCAAGAAGAUCGGCUACAACCCUUCCACUGUUCCAUUUGUGCCAAUCUCUGGCUGGCAUGGAGACAACAUGCUCGAACCAUCUCCCAAUAUGCCGUGGUUUAAAGGAUGGAAGGUGGAGAGGAAAGAAGGAAAUGCUAACGGCGUUUCACUGCUAGAGGCGCUCGAUACCAUCCUUCCACCAACUCGCCCAACAGACAAACCUCUGCGACUCCCCCUGCAGGAUGUCUACAAAAUUGGCGGAAUUGGUACAGUCCCUGUGGGCCGAGUUGAGACUGGCAUCCUGAGACCAGGCAUGGUGGUAACGUUUGCUCCAGUGAAUAUCACAACAGAGGUGAAGUCUGUGGAGAUGCACCAUGAGGCUCUCAGCGAAGCCCUUCCCGGAGACAAUGUGGGAUUCAAUGUCAAGAAUGUUUCUGUCAAAGACAUCCGCCGAGGCAACGUGUGUGGUGACAGCAAGGCCGACCCACCUCAAGAAGCUGCCCAAUUCACCUCACAGGUUAUCAUCUUAAACCAUCCUGGCCAGAUCAGUGCAGGUUACUCUCCAGUGAUCGAUUGCCACACUGCACACAUUGCCUGCAAAUUUGCAGAGCUAAAGGAAAAGAUCGACCGUCGAUCCGGGAAGAAACUGGAAGACAAUCCAAAGGCCCUAAAAUCCGGAGAUGCUGCCAUCGUAGAGAUGAUUCCUGGAAAGCCAAUGUGUGUAGAAAGCUUCUCACAAUACCCACCUCUUGGGCGCUUUGCCGUACGGGACAUGAGGCAGACGGUGGCCGUGGGCGUCAUCAAAAGUGUGGAGAAGAAAAGUGGUGGUGCCGGCAAAGUCACGAAAUCUGCACAGAAAGCCCAGAAAGCUAGCAAAUGAAUCGCAGGCUCCCUGCGUCUGGUGCACAAGCCCUGCCCCACCGAAAGGGUCCGCCGCCUUCCCUUUGAAGUGCACGUCAACCCAUCUGCUUGUAAAAGCCUUUACGUUAACGACUGGAUGCUCACCAUUAAAGUCCAGUGGAAAUUCUUUAAGAGGAAAAGCAUGCCCCCACUGUGUGACCCAUAGUGUCCAUUUUACCAAUUAAACCGGUACCGCAUCUGUCAUGUGA